CCUGGAGAGCUUCAUUGACUCAGUGACUGGCAAUUCGUGUGUUGAUCCUCUGGCAUUUUAUAUUUAUACUGGUGCGACAAGAAGUUGAGUGAGAGUGUGAGAUUGUACCUCAAACAGAUUUCUGUCUGCAGCAGACAGUCCAAAACUUUUUGCCAUCAAUACAUCAAAAGUAGAUAGAGAAAAAUGAUGAGAUAGUGUUGAGCACAGGAUAUUUGCAUGAAAAUUCUCUUGCAAUACUAUACACUCAGUUUGUCUGUCAAAUCUGUCUGGUUUAUGCCUCGCCAUCCAUAUCCCCCUAUACAUUUGGAACUCCAAAAGCCAAACCUAAAGACACUUGUGGUAAAAAAGGGGAUGUUCACAGGGGAAAAGGCACAAAUCAAAUAGUACUGUGAAAGCUUGUACAGUCAUUUUCGCAGUUGUCGACACAAUAAAAACCACCCUCGGAGCAUUGAUGCUUGCUGGAUUCUAUGGGAACGGGGAGUAAAGUCGAGAGGAUUUUCCUGUGAAGGCAAAGGAAAACGCAAAGCACAACACCUCAGUGUGACAAACAUACUAGAGAAGCAUUUCAUUGAUUUUGUGUAUUUUUCCCAUGUUCACCGCCCCAUUCAUUGGCCUCUUUUCAACUGCGACUUCAUUCUCGGUGGCAGAAGUGUAUCAAGUGCUUCUGAGGUGGACACAUACAAAAGCUCUGUCAUAGCGUCACUAUUGUUGUGUAUGCGUUUUUGCCACAAAAAAGCAACAAUGCACAGAGUAAACACUAUUCUCAUUUACUGAUCACCCAAAGUCAAUUGCUGUGAAUAAGGCCAAAGGUGCAGAAUUGAGACUCUCUGUGACAAAUAAAUCCAAAUAUAUUGCCUCAAAGCAGAAGGAUACCCACAAAUGGUGGGUAAAAGCACAAAUUGAACUUGGGCAUCAAAGCAGCAGCGAGUUAAUACUGAGCUUCAUGCAGCUUCUCGUCUAACAGUGGAGAACAAUUGGGUCCCCUUGUGGAGAACUCACCGGGAAAUGGGUAGUUUGCCGAAUUUGAAUGAUCUGUACCGGGAGAAGGAGGAGAAGAAAGCACGGGAGAAAGAAAGAGAAUUGGCUAGAGAAUUGGCAAGAGAACGAGAUUUUUCCAGAGACAGAGAUCGAGAUCGUCUUCCUACAUUUACCCAUCAGGCACCACUUCCGAAGCAACACCAUAGACAUUCAUUAACAAGCAGACGGGUUCUACGAACACGAAGCUCAGGUGCAACUUAUCACAUUUGGGAUGAUCCCAUGAUUGAGCACAUGACUGCCUACUCGCCCAUUUCAUCUCGAAGUCAUCGGGUUGGACCACAAAUUCAGCCACCUCUGGGCGGCCUCGGGGGCGUUGUGAAUCCUCGGGCCCGCCGGGAGUCCAUCAACAGCUCAAUCGGUGCCAAUUCGGUACGACGCCUCCUGACCGUGAAUCGUGGGUGUCGUCAUAAGAUCCCAGUUCACGUUCGUGCCAAAGUAAUAAAGAAUUUUAUAUUACUAGUUAUCGCUCAUGGAUUAACUACAGCUGCCUUAGUGCCUCUCAUCGGAUUACAGGGAUCCAGUUCAGCAUGGUUUGAGCAAAAUUCAUGGAUCUAUUUCGGACCAGACAUUGGUUCAAUUUUGCUUAGCCUGAGUUUCUUCAUAACUGCAGGCAUGUGUCUACUAGCCACACGUCUCAUCCGAAGGCUAGGUUACUUUAUUGUGAUCCUUGUGAGCUAUUCCGGACUGUGUUUCUACUUGGCCACGCAUUUCUUUCCCUCCAUUUACGUACUCCUCCCAGGAUAUAUUGUUCUGGGAAUUACACUAGGACCUGCAUGGGUUGGGAAGCUGAGCUUGGUGGUAUCCAUGGCAGGAAAGUUAAGUUGUGGUCAGCAUGAGUGUUAUCCAGCAGAUGCAUAUGAUAGUGGUGAGCACAGAAAUCUAUGCAGUAGGGAAGAAAAUGUUCGAAGAUUGGCGAGAUGGUAUCAUGCUGCUCAAGACUUAGGGAUUAUUUUUGGAGCCCUUCUGGCCUCUACAAUACUGUCAUGUGUCUCAAGGAAUGAAUCUGGAUGUCUCAGUGGAGCAAAUAUGACCAAUGCUUUCGUUCCGUUCCGAAAUAGUCUGGAAAUGUCAAUGAUUCGAGUAAUGAAUACGACAAGAGCUCCAAAUGUUAACGAUUCCUCCCAAGUGACGAGCCUGAUGAAUAGCACAAGUGUCGAGAAAUCUCUGAUAUUCCCACCGGAAGGCUUUUUGGAUGCCUUCUUUAACACGAAUGAGCAUGGAGAGAGAAUCUGUGGAGCGGACUUAUGUCCCGUUUGGCUCAGACCAACACAAUAUAGCAAUGCCACGGAAAUCCUUAGUGGGUCAUUUGAGUUGCCCAUUGGCACAAAGACCAUCAUUGGUGUUUUCCUGGGUAUGUCACUCCUUGCUCUAGCACUCAGCUCCAUGUCAGGUCACAUCGAUAGCCAUUUACGCCUUGAGCCCAUCCGUGGAAUCUCUGAUACACUUCUUUUUGCUGGUCCUAUGGCCUAUUUUAUUGGCACGGAACAAGGAUACAUCCUGUCGGAUUAUAUGAAGGCAUUUGUAUCGUGUUCCUUGGGACCGCAUAUGGUGGCUGGAGCUCUAGUUGGUAUGGGAAUAAUGCAAUCGAUUGCUUCCUGUACCCUUAGCAUGUUGCUGAGGCAUACCAAACGGAUUGUUGUUAUCGUGGCAGGAUUCUUCUUCCAUGCUUGCCUGUUGCUGGUGCUGUCUCAAUGGAAACCCUCCAGCGACGAUAGUGCUCUAUUCUAUGUCAUCACAGCCGCUUGGGGAGUGUGCAAUGCCGUGUGGGAAACUUUAAUUUUUGCCCUGGUUUCCAUUACCCACACCAAUCACGUGGCGGAAGUAACAUCACCACUGCAGGCUCUUCGGUUCCUCGGACUUGGCAUUACCUUUGCUGCCCACGGUUUCCUAUGUGAAAACCCUAAGAUUCUCAUUCUCUCGGUGCUACUGGUCGUUUGCGUGCCACCGUAUGCGAUGCUGGAAAUGCGCCUUGAGGCACAGCGGAAGUCUCAAGCGCCCCAAUUGUGACGCUAACCUUCUGCCAGGAGCUCGUCUGCGCCCUCGCUCCUGCAGCCAACCGGUAAAGUGCGCAAAAUUCGCGACAAGUCCACUUUUGCUCGUCUCUGCAUCUCUCCAUCUCUAGCCCUGUAUUACUACUAUAACUCAUUCAAUAUGCGAUAGAUGUUGUGCUAAUUAACUCUUUCGCGUCCAUAGGGUCAUAUACGACCCGGGGAAAAAAGUUUCUUUUUGGCUAUUUACAUUAAUUGAAAUCUAACUGGAGUCUUGAGAAAAUGAGCCAAGAAUCUUACAUCCUUCUAUUAUGAUGUCGUGCACGAACAGAUAGAUUUCAAUUAAUGUAAAUACCCAAAAAAAAAUUUUUUCCCCGAGUCAUGACAUUACCAUAUGGACGCGAAAGAGUUAAGAGGCUCCCAGUGUGAUCUAAUAUUGCUCAUUUAGUGUCUCUCCCGGGGGAUGUUCAGCUCAAACAAUUCAAUUAAUCAUACACAAAAAAUGUAAUUACACUUUUUAAUUUUCCUUUUCCACAUAUUGUGACAGUUAAAACUUUUUUAUUAUUUGUUUGAUGGUAGUGGAAUAAUAUUUUUUUCAUUUAAAGUGCAACUUUUAAAUUGAUAUAUAGAUAAAAGGGGUAUAAUUGCGCACCAGAGAGAUGUAAAAGCAUAUGAAUAAUUUUUUUCUUAAAUUCAGUAAUGAAACAGUGUUAUUUAAUUAAAAAAUAAAUCAUAAAAAUGAUCAAAAUUGUAAGGCAAAAUUUUCAAAAACAGAAAAGUGCUAAUGGCUCAAAUCAAAGAUAUAUUGCUGAACAUUCCUUAAAUUGCUCCCCUGAUAAAUUGACGGUAUUUGAAGAGUUAAGGAAAUAAAACACUGUUUUAAAUGUGACUUUACUAUUAGGUGUGAUAAUGAGGUGCAAAAAAUUUCCUGCCUAUCUGUUUUAGAAUAUCAGGAAAUGUUGAUUGUUGAGAUAUUAAGAGUUAUGCAUGAAAGAGAUAUGGACCUAAAAGUGGAUGGAACUGUAUCAAAAGUUCAUAGUUAACAACAUUUUAUAAACGAGCGAAAAUCCAUUAAAUAUAAUCUUGGAGAUGCUUUUCAAAUAUGGGAAUUAAAUGUGAUUAACAUGAAAUCAUACAAAAAAAUAUAUAUUUCUCUUUUUUGAGCACGCUCAGUCCAUUUGGCAAAAUUUGCUAUAUGGUAUUUCAAAAGCAUUAUUAAAGUAAAAUUAUGGUAGGAAAAUCAAAACUACAAGUAUUAUUUUACAUAUCAAAGAAGAAAAAAAACAAGAUUCAUACAAUUACUAUGAUACUCAAUUAACAUGAUAGCUGUAUAGAGAUAGAAAAAUCAUUAGUUGUGUACAAUGAACGUAAAUUAUUUGAAUGGAUUCUGUGUGAAGAGUUUGAAUUUAAAAAAAAAAUGGCACAAAGUUGUUAACAGAGAAUAUUGUCGUAGAUGAAUGAAGAGUUGAAAUAAAUAUAAUUAAUUGUUGAAUUCAGUAUAUAACGAAGA